AUGGCGAUAGAAGCCUGGUACAUGGACAACUCUGAUGAAGACCAAAGAAAACCGCACAAGCUCGACCCGAAUCAACCCGUUUCGUUGGAGGAGUUGAAACAACUUGGAGUUUUUUAUUGGAAGCUGAAUGCGGACAUCUAUGAAACAGAUCCAGAACUGCAGCUCAUCAGGAAAGAGCAAGGCUUCUCCUACAUGGACAUCAUCACCAUUGAGAAGAACACGCUACCAAAUUAUGAGGAGAAGUUAAAGAUGUUCUUUGAGGAACACUUGCAUUUGGACGAUGAGAUUCGCUACAUCCUUGAUGGCCAGGCUUACUUUGAUGUCAGAGACAAAGAGGAUCGCUGGAUAAGAAUUGCCAUGAGGAAGGGUGACCUCAUUACCCUGCCAGCCGGGAUUUAUCACCGCUUCACAUUGGACGAGUCUAAUUACACUAAGGCUAUGAGGCUGUUCGUCGGGGAACCAGUGUGGAAAGCCUACAACAGGCCAGCAGAUGACUAUGAGAUUCGAAAGAAAUAUAUGGCUUCCCUGCAGAAAUGCUAA